AUGCAGCAGGGCGUGGUUUCACUGGAGGAGACGCAGGUGUCGCCACCUUGCAGCCCACAUGUUCUGAUCCCGAGCCUCUCUCUCCAGCUGCUGGUCCUGACUAUAACCUGGAGCUCUGCUGCCACAGAGAGCGGCGCUCCCAUCCAGCUCCGGGGGGAGGUCGGGGGGAACGUGACCUUCCACUGUCCCGUCGACAGAAGUAAACCUCUCCAGUUGAUGUACCUGCAGAAGGGCGGCAUAUUUGUGAACGGCUUCCACGCCUCGAAUGACGUGUCGAGUCUGGGGUGGGCGAACAGCCGCGUGGACAACGACACGAUCCUGAUGUCCGGCCUGAACGUCUCCCACAGAGGAGACUACCGCUGCAUCGUCUGGUACGAUGGCGUGAAGCCUGAACCCGACGUACACUUCCACCUCAGUGUCACAGCCAACUACAGCAAGCCGACCCUCUUGAAGCUCUCCGGGGAUGACAACUCGUCCUUCAGUUUCCUCGUGCGAUGCGCCUCACACGGCGGCUUCCCCGUCUCUGAGAUCACGUGGCGCCCACCGGGGGGGUCGAAGGUCGUGAACAGCAGCAAAUUGAUGGAUCCGGACACCCAAACGUUCAACAUCUCCAGCACGGCGUCCGCCAACUGCUCCGAUGGGAAGCCGACGUCCGUCAGCUGCUCUGUGGGCAACGUCUCCUCAGACCCGCUCUCAGUCUGUUCGCCCGAGGUCGCCCCUGAGACUCCCGGUCAUCACGUGGCAGCAGUAGUAGUCCCUGUUCUGGUCCUCCUCAUGUUGGGGGCUCUGCUGUUUUGCUGCGUUUACAAGAAUCGACAGAGAGGAGCUGGAGCAGCGGGGAGGGAACGCGGCGGCGAGGAGCGCGUCACGUAUUCCGCCGUCAGACCGCGAUCCCAGCAGGAAGUCACGGGAAAUACAAGCUGCUGACAAGUCUCCUGAAGGCACCAUGACAAAUGGAGGACAUUUGUUUGGGAGCUGUACGUCACGUCGAAGUCCUGUGAGCUCGAAUCGUCCAUCCCUCCUCCUCCUUGUUUCCUUCCCUUCUUCCUCCAGGGAGGGAACGGUCUUUGAUGAACAAGUGGAGAAGAUUUCACGGAGCUUUAAGUCCACAACUCAAACUGUGUGUCACUUAAACGUGUUACAUGUGUGAUUGGCAGCUGCAUACAAGCUUAAGGAAGUAUAUUUAUAUAUUUAUAUAUGUAAUGCCCAGAAUAGACCUGUGGACAUUAGUAUCCUCCUGUUGUGGUUUUAAAAUGAUCGAAAGGGAGAUCGCUGAUUUUGAUUUACUCGCUUUACUUUUCAAUAAGCUUUGAAGUAAGAUGUUAGAAAUCAAAAUACUGUUUGUACAUGAAUUUGUUCUCUGGAGUUCGAACACGUUCCGGUUUCUUCGUGAACCUCUUUGGACAUUAUUUUCUCAGGUGACUGUUCUCAUUGGAAAUAUUGCUAUUUAACAUUUUAAUUUAAUUUAGUGUUUUUUAUUUUUUCAUUCUCAACUUGUACAUCCUUUACUCUAUUUAAACUUUUCUGUUUUAAUUUUCCAAAUCUGUAAGAAACACUAAAAAAUGCACAUUUAAAAUGUGGAGGUUAUGUUUUUCAUAUCCAUGAAUUUAAUAAUUAAUUAAAUACAAUAAAUUAAAGUUGUAAAUACUU